UACAUAAUAAUGGUAAGUUUUGAAGAGCGCCCCCAUUUGGAAGAUGGGUACCAGCCACAUGCUGGGAACACAUGCCUUUACAUAAUUAUUUUCUUUGCAAUUUCUGAUAUCAACAGGGCCCUAUACAUGUACAUAUUUAUUUGCACCUUCUAGUUGGGCCAGCCUAAGGAUGAGGGGGUAGUACAUGUAAAGUACACGGAUAUCAGUGCCGUGGUUUUUGGAGUUUCUCAUCAAGUCAAAAUUCAACACCCAAACGCCUACUCAGUCGACAUACCUUUCAGGAUAUUUUGGUAAUCGAGCAUGAAAUUGCCACUAGUCACAAGUAAAUCUUUUUCAAUCGUAAUAAAGAAAAAUAGUCUAGGCUGCACAAUACGCCUUUCACGCACCAUGAACUGCAAUGUGUCGGUUUAUUGAAUCAUGGUUUUUUCAUGGCUAACGUGAUUAAUUCGUAGACCUUGAGACGAAAAUUUCUGUAAAAAAUAACAGUUAAAAAACUACUCACUAAACAAAAAAAUACUGAGAUAGAGCAAGUUACCGUAGCUUGCUUUCUGUCUACACCAAUCAAAACAGUUCUCGCUGUUCGACACAACAGAGGAGUAAAAACAUGUGGGCGCCUGUUAGUCCAAGGUUAUAGCCAGAUUAGCUAUGCAUCAUUUAAUUUAUUAUAAUUUGUUCCGUGAAAAAAACACCGUUGCAUGUUUGCAACUAAGUAAUAUCAUUGGCCUUACAAGCGGAUUACGAAGAAUUGUUCACAUAAUUUGCAAGUCAAAAUUAGAACAAAUCCGAGAAAGGUAAGAAUACAAUAACUGUAAAUACAUUAAACUGGUAUGUUUACAUUCAUUUUUACAGUUGAUUAUGAGGAUUUGGUUUAUACAUUUUAUAUUAUGUUGUAUAUUAGGCAUCAGCGUGUGCCUACACCUUACGUGUAAUUAUUAUGUGAAGGGAAAAUGUACAUGCAAUAUUAGUGGCGUGGUUCAAAUAUUAAUCUCUGUGGUGUACAUAUUGAGCUGAGUUGUGCUUCCAGCUUGGAAUGACGUUACAUUUUGGAUGUAGGUUAAAAAAACAGUUUCCUUCGAUAUCUGGUGAGACUUCACAAGAUUUAACAAAGCGUGCAUGAUAAUGAUGAUAUUCUAAUGGGGCCCGCAUACUCGUUCCAUAUCACAAACUGUACGUUCUAUAUUCGUUGCAUGAAUUAAACACACAUCGAACCCGAAAAUGUAAUGAAACAAAUGGUAUUAUUUCAAACAGUGAAGUGGAAAGGUCGUCUCCUAAUCAUAAAUAUACUGUUUCUGUUACAUAAUUUGUACAGAAGCGAGUGAUCCUCUUGGAAACAUGGCGUCACAGGAGAAGAAGGCUGUCAUCAGGAACGCAGACAUGUCAGAAGACAUGCAGGAAGAGGCGGUACAAUGCGCUGCAAUGGGCGCUGAGAAAUACACCGUGGAGAAGGAUUUGGCCGCUUACAUCAAGAAAGAAUUUGACCGGAAGUACAACCCCACUUGGCACUGCAUUGUGGGAAAGAACUUCGGAAGUUACGUCACACAUGAGACCAGGCACUUCAUCUACUUUUACUACGGCCAGGUUGCGAUUCUGUUAUUCAAAUCUGGUUAGACAAAUUUGCUGAAAAAAAUGCAUAAAAUAAUCAAUGUGCAUGAAAUAGCCGUCGUUUUCAGGAAAUUGCCAUGUUUUAUUAAAUACCAGCGACAAACACAUGUAUCAUAUGUAAUAAACGUGCUACCUAACUAUGCAAAUUUGCUCAGUGCACUACCUAAAUAAUAAAAAUACAACUCAAAUGUACAACUAAAUCGUUAAUUCAAAAAAUAACUGACCUAAUUUUGAGGGCAGCGUAUUUUACAUUGCUUGAUUGAAUUAGUGGAAUCGAAUGCCGUGGCCUCGUGGUCUGGAGCAUUGAAUUCGUGGUCUGCGGGUAAUUCUGAAGGU